UUCAUAAUAUUUAUAUUUUAUUAUUCGUCUUUACUUUUGUGUUAUUAUAUAUAAAAUUAAGUAUGAGUUCUAGCAAAAAAAAUAGCGGUAAAGGAAAAGAGAAAGCACAAGAUAACGAAGAAAGUAGACUUUUUAAAUUAUUUAAUUUUGGUAAAAAAAAUAGUAAAGAAAAAAAGAGUAGUAAAAGUGGUGGUACUUCAUCUAAAUCAACGAGUAGAGUUAGAUUUAACAUAAAUGAUUCUACUUAUGUUGAUGAUACUCCUUAUAAUAUUGAUUCAAAUGUUCAACUCGAUCACGAAAGUUUAGAACGACGUUAUGGUAAUAUUAAUCCUAAUGUUGAUGAAAAUUCAGGUGAAGAAGUAGAAGCUGAUUUGGGAGAAGAGGAGUUAGAUGAAACACCUACUAGUCCGGUGACAGAAGUUCCAAAUGAGACUAUCAAUUUACCGGAGCAAAAUUUUGGACAUCCACCCCUUAUACCUCCCACAAGGGAGAAGGUGAAGUAUCAACGACCUAAAACUUCUAUUGUGUGGCAAUUUAUGACUUUUGAUAAAGAAAAUAGUGUUGCUAUUUGUAAUAAGUGUAAGCAACCUUUUAAACAUAAACAAGGUGGGGGUCAAGGUGGAACGGGGGGAUUAAAUAGACAUUUGUUAUCUUGUGUGCCGAUUCAAUAUAAAGAAGCUAAAGCAUUAGCCAAUAGAAAAAAGGGAAUUUCAAUUAAUGAAUUAGAUAUUACCGGUAAUGCAUCGAUAGGGGCUUCUAACAUGGUUCAAGGAACAUUAGAUCCUUUUAACCCCACUGGUCCAAUAACACAACAUAAAUAUAAUAAGGAAUUAGAUCGGGAAAAUUUAGCUAAAAUGGUUUCUGUUUGUGGUUUGCCUUAUAGUUUUCCUUCAAAUCCCGGUUUUGUUGAAUAUAUUCAACAAACAUAUAAUCCGGAUUAUAAAGGCUUUUCAAGAAAUACUGUUAAAACUGAUGUUUUUGAAUAUCAAGUUCCAAUUUCAUGUUAUAUGCGAGGUUUUCUUGGUCUUAAUUCUACUAACCGUGAUGAUUUUGAAGAAUAUCUUAAUAAAUCUUUAGAAAACAUGGAAAUCAAAGAUGGCAAAGAAGAUUUAUUAGGAUGGUGGAGUAGGCGAAGCGAUGCAUUUCAAACUUUGAGCAAAAUGGUUCGUGAUGUUCUAGCUAUUCAAGCUUCAUCAGUUGCAUCGGAGGCUGCUUUCAGUGCGGCAAGGUUUCAAAUCGGUGAUCAUAGACAUUCAUUGGCGGAAGACAGUUUGGAAACAACAAUGCAGUUUACUCCUCAGCCUGUGCUGAAAGUAGCUCUUGUAGGUGUAGCUUGUCUGGCAGAGAAACUGAUGAAGAUUGAGCUCUAUUGCCCGUAUUUCCACCAAGUUGCUUCUUCUUAG